AUGGCCGAAAGAUUUCAAUUCCCUACCUUUAGAGGUGUAGCCUCCACAGCUGCGGAGUGGCUGGAGGACGCUGGAGUGCCCGCAGUGCUAUUCUGGAAUGGCAUGAAGACGGCCUACACGGGAGAGCAAGCGCCAUCCUCGCCACCAGAGAUUCAGUUCGUCGUGCCCGAUCACCUGCUCGAUAUGGCCGCCGACGCUCUCGUGCGUGCCGGCUUCAAACUGUGCACGCGAGUCAACACCUGUCGGCUAGCAGCGCCGCAAGGGCAAGGACCGUUGCCUGAUGAGCAUUUUCACAAUCCCAGCGACCCCAGGGAGAUGUUGAUACUUCUAGAACAAUCCAACUUUCUUUGGGCUGUGCCCGAAUUCCCGCUCGGUCCUGUGAAAUUCGAUGAUCCCUGCUUUAUGAACUCCGACGACUCCCGUCUAGAAGCUUCCCAGCGGCAUUUAUACGCCAAUGAUGACUUUCCAUAUCGAAUUCUGACACCGGGCUGUCUCUUAGAGAGUCUGUUGCAUUUGGCCGCUCGGGAUCGGGGGGCGUCCUGGACUUAUCAAAGGUGCUGGAUCAGAGAACUGGACUGGAUAUUAUUCAAGUAUGUCAAAGGCGGAAAACCGAUUCGUGAAUGCCAGGUUACGCCUCUCGUGUGGCCUUUUGUUUGUCGGUUCCUCCAGAUAGAGGAACGCAAAAACUUCACGAAAGAGGUUGACCGGGUACUGGAGUCUCUACGGCAGGAACUGUACGACAAGGAUGCCGUUGCACCGCUGCCAGGGGUGGUUGGGUCUGUUCUUCUGGGUGGCUAG